GGUCCGGCCGUGGGGUCGGUGGCGGCGCGCGGCGGCGGAGCGUCGCGGCUGCCGGCAGCCUCGGCUGCGCUUCGCCGCGUUUCCCCCUUAGGCGCGCGGGUCUCGGCCUCACAGCCCCUCACGAGCCGCCCGAGUAAAAGCUGGGGUAUGACCCUUUGAAUUCGCCCGUAACUAUUCAUGGUAUCUUCUGAGGCCAGGAUGGAAAAAGAGUCCAAUCAGAUGUCCAGCCAGAACUCUGGAGGGUGAUGUCCUAUUUUCAGUAGCACCAGAAAUGUUUCUGCAAGGAAGAUGUAUGCUCAUAGACCACUGUGCUGUUGAUCUUCUUCAUGUGAUCUAAAGGAUUCUUCAGGGACAUCUUGCCCAGCCAGUACUUGCGAGCAGGGUGAGCUUGACACGUGCUGCAGAACCGAGAGAGAGAUGGUGCCGACUGAAAGGAAAUCUGCUUUUUCUAAUGAAAAAUAAGACUUCUGAAGCCUCUGAAGUGGUAAUCCUGGAGCGGUGCUGGAUUGUGGAGUUCAGGACUAAAACAGAUGUGUCUAUAGUCCUCAAGUUUCAGAGUGGAGAGCCAGAUCUUUACCUGGAAGCUGCGUCUAAGCCAGAUUGCGAAUCUUGGGCUGUGGCACUUGGAGAAGCAAACUCGGAAGGUUUGCGGAAUAAAAUUCAGCAGCUCCGGAAGCUGAUCAUGGAAAUCAAAGAGGAGAGAUCAUCAGACGAAGCACAGCAGUUUGUCCCUUCCUCACAAGUAGACAGCCUAGGAGAGCCACAGUUUACAAGUAUUCAGAGAAUUGCAAAUGAGCCAAAGCUGGAGUUCAGUCUUGCAUGCAAGGAUCUAGUGGCUGCUACCCGUGAUCGGAAGCUGAAUACGUUUAUACAAGUCUCGGUUGUACAUCCGGCAGAGCACGUUCUGACGAGGUAUUCGAGCACUGAAAUCGUGGAGGCAACAAGAGACCCGCUGUUCUUGACUGGUGUGACGUUCCCACCGGAAUACCCUAUCUAUGAGGAGACUAAAAUAAAACUAACAGUCUAUGAUGUCAAAGACAAAUUUCAAGACACGGUCCGCACCAGUGUCCUACCUGAUCACAAGGAGCCAAGAGCAGAUGCUGGACGAAGCUUCCUGGGAUGUACAACUUUUAGAGUAGGGGACUUGGUGAAGUCAAAGGAGCAACAGUUGACCCUUACCUUGAGGACUUCUGAUGGUGGAAAGACAGUUGGUACUAUUGAAGUCAAUCUUGUGAAGAUGGGAGAGAUAGAGGAUGGGGAAGCAGACCAAGUCACAGCAGACACGCAAGAUCGAAAGUUCCUCUGUUUUCUGCCCUUGAAGUCCCAACCACGUGGAUUUUUAAGUGCAACCUGUACCCACAAUACUGAAAACCUGGACAGAAUGACAGACAGGCGAACCAAAGAAGAGUGUGCAUUGGUUCGUGAAUGUACAGCACCUGAAGGCAUAAGUGGUAAAGACAACUUACCUUUACUAAAUGCAGUUUUAAAAAACCCAAUCUGUAAGUUAUAUAGAUUCCCUACUUCUGACAACAAGUGGAUGCAGAUACGAGAACAGAUGGCUGAGACCACCCUCUCUUUCCAUGUUCCUAAAGAAUUGAUCAACCUGCACAUAAAGGAGGAUAUGAGAAGGAAUCAGGAACUUAAAGAGUUGGGAGAACUUGCUCCUCACUGGGACAAUAUGCGUAAAAAUGUUAUUGCUCACUGUGAUCAGAUGUUGUGCUUGUACCAGGAUACUCUUGCAGAGCUUGGAAAGCAUACAGGUUCUUCCUUCAAAUCAAGCUGUAGCAAAGGAGAAAAAACAUUAGAAUUCAUUCCAAUAAAUCUUCAUCUUCAGAGAAUGCAUGUGCAUAGUCCUCGCUUGAAAGAUGCUGUGUACGAUGUCAUCACCGUGGGAGCCCCGGCCGCACACUGUCAGGGGUUUAAGAAUGGUGGUCUCCGGAAACUACUGACUAAAUUUGAGGCAGAAAGGCGAAAUACUGGGUACCAGUGUAUUUAUUAUUCCCCUGAAAACACAGCCAAGGCAAAAGAAGUUCUCAGCAACAUCAAUCACUUACAACCUCUCAUAUCAAGCCAUGCAGACCUGCUGCUUAAUUCUGCAAGCCAGCAUUCUCCAGACAGUUUGAAGAACUCUUUAAAGAUGCUUUCAGAAAAGACAGAGUUAUUUGUGCAUGCAUUUAAGGAUCAGCUGGUGAGAAGUGCUCUUUUAGCACUAUACACAGCGCGACCUGGCUGUGUCCUCAAGAAACCAGUCAUGCCCAGAAACAGUGCGGAAGAAGGGAGUGAUUCACAGCAUCAGGAUCAUCCUUCUCAGAUUAAACGACAGGACUCUAUACCUCAUCACUCUGAGUAUGAUGAGGAAGAGUGGGAUAGGGUGUGGGCCAACGUGGGGAAGAGUUUAAACUGCGUUAUUGCCAUGGUGGACAGACUGCUUGAAAAAGACAACAGCAGCAGCAUUAAAGAAGGUGAAAAUGAACCUUCACCAGCAGAUCACAAGAUGCCACACACAGGUGGUGACUGGUAUGAACAGCUUUAUCCCCUGGUGAUUACGCUGAAGGACUGCAUGGGAGAGGUGGUGACCAGGGCGAAGCAGUCGAUGACAUUUGUUCUGCUCCAGGAACUCGCGUGCGGUUUGCCACAAUGUUUGAUGCUGACCCUAAGGAGAGAUAUCGUCUUUAGCCAAGCACUCGCUGGAUUGGUCUGUGGCUUUAUAAUCAGACUGCACACUGGUUUACAUGACCAAGGCUUUUUACAGCAGCUUCAUACUGUUGGAUUGCUUGUGCAAUACGAAGGACUUCUUAGUACGUAUAGUGAAGAAGCAGGUAUGUUGGAAGACAUGGCUGUGGGAAUUUCAGAUUUGCAGAAAGUAAUGUUUAAAAUCAUUGAAGCCAAAUCAGAAGAUUUUUUGCCUAUUAUAACUGGAAGGCGUGAACAUUAUAUUAUAGAGGUCCAGCUUCCAGCAAAGAUGUUUGAGUUGCUGCCGCAAGAGAUUAAAGAAGGAAAGCUACUUCGCAUGUAUCCCGUACUCUUUAAUGUUGGAAUCAAUGAACAGCAAACACUUGCAGAAAGGUUUGGAGAUACCACUUUGCAGGAAAACAUUAACCAGGAAAACUUCGAACUUCUGAAAGAAUAUUACAAGCUGUUUACAGAAAAAAUGCCUCCUGAUUGCCUACCACAUUUUCAAGAACAAAAUGACUUAAAGGGACUGCUAGAAAACCUUCAUCAAAAUAUCCAAUCCAAAAAGAGAAAGAAUGUAGAAAUCAUGUGGCUGGCUGCAACGAUUUGCCGCAAGCUGAACGGGAUCCGUUUCACCUGCUGUAAAAGUGCCAAAGACAGGACAUCCAUGUCAGUGACGCUCGAGCAGUGCUCCAUCUUGAGGGACGAGCACCAGCUGCACAAGGACUUCUUUAUUCGGGCGCUGGACUGCAUGAGAAGUUCAUUUGAAUGUAUCAUUCUUGGCUUUCUGAACCAUAGCCAAAUACUGCCUGUUUCACUUGCACAUAAAUCACAUUGAAAUCAGGGCGAUUAAUUCUUCAGGUAAGGUGACCUGAAUUUGACCUGUCAUGUUGCUCUUUAUUGUAAACCCUGAAAACUAAUUUUUUGUUAGCAGUAGGUAAAAUAGAGUUGUUAUAUACAGGAUUUAACAUAUAUUUUUAGGCUAUAAGAAUGUGUUUUUACAAAGCCUAAGCAUUGUAAGUAAGGUAACCCCCUAUAUUUGGACUAAUUUAGCUGCUACAGCGCUUUUGUGUCAAAUUUGUAAUGCUACAUGUAGACAAGCUAGCACCAAAGACAACCAUCAACUUAAAAAGAAAUAAUUUUAAUGCUUCUGCCAGCCUGUGUUAGUCCUGAAUUUGUCUUACAGAGAGCAAUUUGUGGUUUUUUUAAUUGUUUUCAUCCAUUUCCUUCUCCUGCCCUAUUGAAAUACAUUAAAAAAAAGGAAUUCACUUGACCUUUAUGUAACAAAUGCUUUAAUUCUGAGAGAAAAUGUAUAGAACAGAAAUAUGAGAAUUUUAUCCAAAUGAAACUGCAUUGGAAAUUUAAGGAUCAGUAGAAACAUGUAUUUGCCAAGGAUGAACAGGUUAAUGUUUGCAUGCUUGUAUAGAAGCCACGGAAAUCUUGAUAAAUGAUGAAUUAAUAUUUUUUAAAAAUCUAUUAAGAUAGUGGGUAUAAAUCUGUUACUAUACGUAUAAAAAUAUAUAUACAUAAAGAGCCUGAUCCUGCAAAUUGUAAUUGAGUGACUACAUGAAAAUGAUCUGGCAUGUGAAUAACAUUAAACCUACCUUGCAAGAUCAGGCUUUUGGCCAACUAGUAAAAACAUCAGGAAGAGAUCCUCAUUCCAGCAUUCAUUGCCUUCAGUGAAGCCUGGAAUUCGCCCAUCUGAUGUAUUUACUUGAUGAAUUGGAACAUUUUUUCAAAGUAAAAUACAUCACUUGAGUAGCGUUCUGGUGCCUUUAUUGUUUGUUCAUGUUAUAUGCCUCCAUUAGGAUGUUCUCCCAUGCAUGGUUUUUUUCCCCCCUCCCCGUUAGAACGUAUUACUUUGCAGCAGGUGUCAGAAGAGUCAGCACUGUGUUACAGAUAAGAUUAGGCAGACGGCAAUAUAAUGCCUCGAUUUUUUUUCCCUGACAUAUACUAGUAGAAGCAGGGAGGAUGGGUGGAUGUGUGCACAGAUUUGUGUUUGUAUUUGAGUGUUUAACCAUUACACAGCUGACCUGUACAAAAUCUUAUUUGCGGGUUUAUGGAGCACGAGUCUUCCUAAGUAAUGUUCUGUUCUGUUAAUCUGAUUGCUACAUAAGCCCUUGCUAUCCUUUCUGACAUGUUUAUUCUUAACGUUAAAAAUGUUACAUAUACGGUUUAGAAAUAGUGGUAAAUUCCUCGUGCAAGUCUGAAAUAAUCCCAUAGGUGUAUAAUAGAGGAUGAUAGCCUUUCCGCAGUGAUCUUAAAUGAUCUGCAAAAUUCUUUGGUGGGAUAGUGUUCCCUGGUAAGUACUGUAGUUCCCUGUAGCACUUUACCCCAAUCCCCAUGGGCAUUCUGGCAAGUUCAAAGUACGAUAUUCUAUAGCCUUCUUAUCAGGGAAACCCUCUUUCAAGAUCUUUCCUCAGCAUUUAAAUCACACUUGGGAUCUAACUUGCCAUUGAGACUAUCAUGUUACUUUUAUAUUUAGGGAGUUUUCAAUAGUGAAGCCACAUGAGUGCAAAAAAAGCGUUAAUUUUCUGUCCUUAUCCUAACAGCCCCUCCCAGCAUGUCUGUGUGAAAUAACAUCAUCUGUUACUUGUUAAAGAUGAUGAGAAAAAUAGCACAGCGGUGCACUGCAGGGAGACUUCCCUGGGCUCGGGCCAUUACAGAAGCAGAGCUUGGGUUUUGUUUCAAACAAGGCUGAACUCUUAUGCCAAGUUUUGAUGUGAACAUCUGUUUGUACGUUACUAAGACCCUUGUAAAGCCUGCUGACACCGUUGCAGGUGUCCUAGAAGAAGCUGGUUGCCUCAGUAGUGAGACAUGUGUUAGGCUCCUGCUUCCUUGCGAGGUUCCCGAGAGCGAGUGUCGCCGCCGGCUGCCGUUCGUAUCGGCAGAGGAUUGGUUACCAAAGCUGAGCAGUCAGCUAAACACUGAUGCAAAACUAGUGGGGUUUUUUCUGCUUUGACUAUCGUGAAGAAACACAAAAAAGCUUUUGCUGCAGGUUAAUGGUUAUUUUACAACUCAGCGUGUAUAUGCUGUCUGUAGAAGCCGUAUUUGAGCCCUGUGUAGUAUUUGAGUGCUUAACAGAGGGGUUAAAUUAUCCUUGAGGUCUUGCAUGUAUACUUGUAGUUCACUGUGAAUAUCAGAGGAGUCAUACUUUUAUGAGCAGGCUGCACCAUUUUCUUGCAAAGGGCUAUGGAAAACAUACUGAGUUUAGUGGCAGAUUCACAGAAAAUAUUCUGUAUCUGCUUUCUUAAAACUUUUGUAAGGUAUGAAAUAUUCUAUCCUGAGGGAAGGACAAUAUUCAAGGGUUAGAAUAUUUUAAGUAUGUAUCUGGCAUCUGAAGCCACAUCCUGCCCAUCUUACUCAGCAAAGAUAUAAAUAAGGCAAUCAGGCUCUGCCUUGAGGAAACCUAAGUGAGGGCUUCUAGCUUUGGAUAUUUGUACAGUGUGUUGUUACAUGCUUGUCUGAGGUUUUUUAUACCACAGGUUAGCAGUUAAAUGGAAAACUAGUUUAACAUGCCUAGAAAAGGGGUGAAAGGAAAGUUAAUGUAAUGUUUUCUCAGAGAUUAUUAAAGUAGUGCUAUAACUAACAUGCCUAAGCCUGGCAUUAGUAAGCAGCCAGGUCUUUUCUUCUGAAAUCUUCUUUUAGGGAGUUCUUACCAGCGUUUAUACUUCAUUUUUUCAUGGGGCAAUUAGGAAACAGAGAAAUUUUUAAUUAUAUUAUCUGAUUUUGUCUAUGUGAAACUGUAUUUUGAUGGAAUACUAGCAAUGUAUGUGCCACAAAGAAUAAAUAACAUAGAAGGAUAGCUGAGGCCAACAAAAUAACAACUAAGGAUGAGCCUAAUGAAGUCCUUUGCACUGUUAAUUUUUGCACUCUCCAGACUUUUGGCAUUAAGUAAAGCAAGGAAGUUAAAGAACAAAUUUUUGUGUCUAAAACAAUCAAUCCUGAUGAAAAUAGUUAUUUUAAGUGAAUUAAAAUGUAAUGAUAUCUAAAACGUCAUUAGCAAUUGUAAAAGUAGUGCAGCGUAUCAUUUUGAAGCCUAGUGUGUAACACCCCUAUUUUGAUCCUCAGAAAAGAAAUUCAUUUGUAUUUCUAGUUUUAAAAGAUGUUCCAGGAAAUCUUACAGUCGGCUGAUCAAAACAAAGGCAUGAAAUGCACUGAACAUCACUGGGUAUAAUAAACAAAUUGUGUUAAAAUCUGUGCAGCAAAAUUACUUGUGUAAGUUAACAGAUGUAACCGGUUAACGAUCUUAAACCUAUAUUGUGUCAGUUGGCUAUGUUGUAGACUUGAAACCGUUGAUAUCUCUGUAUUUAUGCUUUUUUAUUGUAAAGAGGAACUGUACAGGUGAUACUAUGAGACGUGAGUUUUCAUCUUGUUUUUCACUUGCAGCUUAAAAGCAGAUGUUUACAUUCAAAGUGCUUUAAAUUCAUUAACUGUUCUUUAAAACAGAAACUUGCCUUGUACAAUGCAUGUUUUCUAAAAAGCAUCACAAACUUCUUGGUAAAAAGAAAAGAAAAAAUUUCAAAGAUUUCAGUCUCUAGAACAGGAAUGGCUUUUCCCUUACUCAUGCAACACGUCAGCAGUGAUUGUAUCGUGUUGCUGGAGGGCUCAGCUAUACUCUGCAGCCCUCAAACAUUUUUUUACUUUCCCUUUCUCUCAAUAGCAUCUACUGAAUAAGUAAUAAAACAAACUAAGAAGAGAUUCAGCAUAUUACUGAUGAUCCGAGAAUAACAACUGUAUUUGCUCAAAUACACGUAGGACUGAAUACUUCAUUAUGAAUAAAACAGAAGGUACUUGUGAACCAAUGUAUCCAUAUUCCAAAGAGCUUAAAAACAAAGUGUGAGCGUUUGUGUGCUGACAGGGAGAAAGAAUUAUGGUAGAAGGGGUAUGAUAACAGAGCGCUCUGAAUCUCUGCGGUCUGGAGCAGUGGGAUCUGAACUGUGCUGCUGUAACUUAGACAUCUAACUUCUGGCAAUGGUGUUUUUUACUCUUUCCAUUUGGCAUGCAAAUUACUUCAAACAUUGUCAGCUCUUCUGUUUCGUUUAUGAAGAGUCUGACUUCAAAAAUUCUGAAAUCCCAGGUUAUUCUGGUACUCAUUUUUAUUUGGUGUAGCUGUUCCACUGUAAUGGGCCUGUCUCACUCUCUGGAGUGCAUGGGGCUAUUUGUAUUAGUAGCAUUAAUAGGACUUCAGCCCACAAUGUGUUUAAUUCAGAGAAAUGAAGCACAACUAAGCAAUUCAGCUUUUUUUGUACUGCAGGAUUUAGCAUUUUGUUUCAUUGCUGUCUGUAAGCCAUGCCCAUUGUACACUGUGUGUAUGUUUUUAUUUAAAUAAAUGUGAUGUUUAUUUUUUA